CAAGGUCAAAUCGCCUGCAGCCGUGUGUUUUUACAAUACCACUGGCUCAUUGCAGCCCAAACGCAUCCCUGCAGCCUGCCACAAGCGCGGCCGACGCGUGCCAGAGCUUCGCAGCCUCCAAAACCCAAGGGCUCUCCCGAACGCAGCAGCACAAUGCGCCUCCGGCGCGCAUUGCUCUGCUUGUUGCUACGAUAUUACGUACGAGCCGACGACCUCGACGAGGAGGACCUCUUCGACCUCGAUGGAGAGGGCGACUACGAGGACCCGGAGUCUUAUAUAGAAUACGACCAGGCGUUGUACUACGACGGCCCCGACGAUUAUUACGACGGCAUCGAGCAGUUUAAUAUGGAGGACAUGGCCGACUACCCGGGCGAGGUCUCGCCCGAGCUCCUCGAGAAGAUUUUUGGGGAGAACCCCGCAAGCGGCGACGAGCUCGACGCACUCUUCGAGGAGUUGGGCCUGGGCCCCGAGGGCGUCCUGUACGCGGACGACGGUUACGGCGAGGCGUUUUUCGACGACGAGCACCCCGACCAGCACAAGUCCACGGUGAAGCUCGUCGAGCCCGAGCUGGGGGAUGUCGAGGAGGGCCUCUACGAGCGGUUCGGCGAGGGCGAGGACGAGCUCUGA